AUGUCGGUGCUGAGAGACCAUUACUACAGCUUAAGCUCCGACUUGCCCGAAGUAAGAAUCAAGGCAGCCACGGCGCUAUUGUCGGAGCUUCAGGCUGCAAACAAGAAGGAAGAAUGGGACUACUCCUUGAACAGAUUGGUAAAAGGUCUCACCACGUCAAGACAGGUGGCUAGAUUCGGCUUUUCGAUGGCCUUGACGGAAUUGGUCCGUGAGCUUGUGUUGAAAGAAGACUACGAUCUCUCGAUUGAGUCGUUUCUCGAUAAGUUAGUGCAAGUGAGCCAGACACUGAACUCGAUGAAAGGGUCUGAGCUUAGAGCAGUUUUGUUUGGACGACUCUUUGGCUUCCAGGCUCUUUUGAAUUCAAAGUUGCUAUUUGACCAAAAUGUGUCGUCCCAGGAGGCCAUUGGCAAGUAUGUGAAGUGCUUGGUGGAGUUGUCUGGCUUCAAACCGUGGUUGAGAGAAAGCGUAAUGUUCACUUUGUGCCAGUUUGUUGCUUCGUACUUGCAAUCGGAAUUUUUCGAUAAGAACGGGCUUGUUCAUGUGUUGCAAUGUGUGCACAAUGAACUGUUAACGUUCACUGUGGAAGGUGUAGCAGUGUACCUCACGAUCCCACAGCCCCUCAGAUCCAAGACUGCCGCUAAGUUGACGAAUGCUGAUUCUGGUUGGAAGAAUGGUGAUCCCCUCAGCAAGGGCAAUUUGCGUACCUUGGCUUUGGUCUUAAAAGACGCCGAGCCAGUGCUCGAGCAGACAGAAAGCAAUAGGGACGAUUCCAAGAGUAAGAAAGCGCAAAAGGCGAAGAGCACAUGGAACCCACAGAUUCCUUUUGUUUGGGAACUUCUCAUGAAACACUUUACGUCGCAAGAAGAUUGUUCUGAUGAUGAGGAAUCCAGUAAUGGUAAAAAGAGGAGGAAGCACUCCUCUCUGAAGCAAAAGAAGAAGGCUAAGGUCGAAGAGAGCAACUUGAUACAGUUCAAAGAAUUUUGGAACGCGGCUGUAGACGAGACUUUAUUCGCCGAAAAAGCCUCUCCUGAGAGAAAGUACUGGGGUUUUGAAAUCUUUAUAUUGUUUUACAAAAACAUGCCCAGUGACCGUAUAGAUGAUUUGUUCACACCAAAUCUUAUGAAAUGCCUCAAAAACCACGCAUCUCAGAGCAACCGAUUCCUUAACAAGCUUACCACCAAGGUUCUCAAUACCAUUAUAGAAGAGACUCAAUCGGAUAUCACGAAGGUGAUCCCCACUUUGAGGUGCAUCAUCAGCGAAAAACAUGGAGGGGCAUGGAAUUUUGACCACAUCACAAAGUCGAAAGUUACAGAUUCUACCAUCGGUGUGUUGAGCUACAUUGAACAUGUUGAAUCCAUUCCAACGAGUCGAGCAGAGUCUCUUGCGAUGGAAAUAAAAGACGUCCUCUUUGACCUUUUCAACGAGACUCUUAAGAAGCAAACUGCUGCAGAGCCUAGGGAAGGGGAGCAAGAAGGGGAUAUUCCAAUGAAGAAUUCGCAUGACAGCGUUCUUAGGUGGAUUUCAGACAAGCUUCUAGUGUUACAACGCAGUACAAAAAGAUUUCAAUUUUCCGAUGUUAAAUUUGUCGAAAGUUGCUUUGAGUUCCUUGUUGAGCAUUGUUACUUCAAGUCGACAAAGAGAAAGAAUGUUUCAACUAAUAUUAACAAGCUUUUGCAGGAUAGACUUAACUCAUUUCUUUCGCUUGUGAUAAAUGAGAAAAGGAAAGGCCACUGUUGGCCUUUAUUCUGCGUCAAGUACAUAAAAAAGCUCGAGAAAGAUGAGCUGUUGAAGCCACUCCUUGAGCUCAAUGAUGAGUUAUCUUUGGUGAGAACUCAAGCAAUGGACCUUCUUGAUGCCAUCAAGGACCACGUGAAAAGUUCGGAUACCACAAACAGUCCUCACCUUUGCUUCGAGCUUCUUUUCUCCAUGGUGAUUCUUCAAUUGCUUUCAGGAGAUGCCGAAGCAGUAAACGUCUUGCAAGAAUUGCAGUCGUGCUACGAAGAUUUCCUUUUGAAGCAAGAGGAAAAUGAGUUCAAAACUCUGAUAAUUUUGACAGAAAUCAUCUUAUCCUUUGUCACCAAGAAAUCGCAAUUGAUGAAGAAACUCGCAUUAUUUGUGUGGGAGUCUCUUCUUUGUGCCAAAGGUCCCAAUGGAACUAUUCUUGUUGACGAGGAAUGUCUCGAGCUUCUAUUUGACGUGUUGAAGACGAAGGAAAACGAAGAGGGACUGCGGGAGUUGUUCGAAGGCGAGGAUGAAUUUGAAGCAGAGGAUGAUUCAGAGAGCGCCGAAAGUGAGGAGAGUGACAAGGAAGAUUCUGAUGAAGGGUCUGCAGGCGAUGUCAGUGAUGAUUACGAGGCAAGCGACGAUGAUGAGAGCGAUGUUCUUGAUCUGACUUCUAAAGUCGAAAAGGAGACGACGAUCAAGUUGGCUAAAGCUUUGGGCAUACCGACUGCAGAGUCUGGAGAGGUCAAGUUCGAUGAGAUCGACUCGUUUGGCGAUGACGACGAAGAAGAAGACUCAGACCUGAUGGACGACGAGCAGAUGAUGGCGAUGGAUGACCAGCUAGCCAAGAUUUUCAAAGAAAGGCGAGAGCUUCUUUCGGCCAACAGCACCAACAAGAAGAAGGCACAAGCAGCGUCUGCCAAGCAGUCAAUUAUCCUUUUCAAGAGCAGAGUGCUCGAUCUUUUGGAAACCUUCUCCAAGGUCCAGCCACACUCACCUUACAAUCUUUAUUUGCUCCGUCCUUUGGUCCUCUUCAUGAACACUACAAAGGACAAAGAAAUGGGAGUUAAGGCCAACAAGAUUCUCAAGACUCGAGUUAGCAAAGCCAAGGUCACCAGAGAGGAGUUCGAAUUACACAUCCCUACACUGAAGAAACGGGAAGCUUACUUAGAGAAGUUUCUUCAAGAGAUUCAAUGGCUACAAACACAAGCAGGUCGCUACUCUUCCCAUCACGAUCAUGGCCAGGCAUGUGGGCAGUCAAGUAUCACCAUCGCCAAAAGUCUUGUGGGCUUAGACGAGAAAUAUCUUGAAAAAGUUAUUCGAGUGUAUUCUCAAUCACUUCUUGAAUGGGCCACUGACCCAAAAAACAGGAUUCAAACGUCCCACUUCUCCAACUUUCUCAUCGUCAUGUCUGCCUACAAGCAAGCUGGUAUUUCCUUGAACAGAGCCAUGGCUAUUGCCGCCAGAAUGGUGAGAAACGCGUUGAAGAGCGACUUGAGGGUUGCUGCCGAGAAGAGAGGCAACUCUGACGUCAAGGUGACCAAGUUCGAAAACGGUGUUGCUGGUGAAGCCAAAUCUUUGCACGAGAACAAAUAG